AUGUUCAAGACCGUCGUCUCGCUCGCUGUUCUCUGCAUAGCCGUCGAAGGUAAACGCUUUCUAUUCUCUCGCCUGAUCCUCUCCCGAUCUCUGAUUUUCAGCGGGCUGCCCGGCCAUCGCAAGCGUCUACUUGCCCGCCCGUGUUCGUUGUCCUCUGUGCGACUUCGUUUCCGUUUCUCAAGCGGUUUCUGGAUCGGGAAACCAGCUCGCAAUCAAGUGCCCCGCCUCUUCGGAUGUCUGGUACUACAACGAGAAGGGAAAUGAGUUUGUGACCCCGAUGAGCAAAGUCGGAUCGAAGGGAGUGCUCAAGUGCGACGGAUCCAAGUGGAAGAUCAGUGUGCCCGGACAGAGUCAGACGCUUUCCGCUUUCGCGUGUGGAUCUUCUUGA